AUGGUCAUGACCAUAUUGUCCAGUGUUUCUCGUUGGGUACGCAGUUUUUAUUAAUUUUUCCGUACAAUAUAAUUAGCCAAAGAAUGUGAACUUAAACAAAGUAAUAUUGUUUAGAUUACAAGAAAAUUGAUAAAAAUGCAUUUAGUUUCAACUUAUAUUCUAUUAAAAUAAUAUAAUUAAUCAAAUAUUUUAUAGUGUUGUUAAAAAUUUGAAAUAAAAACUAAUUUUAACCGACUGUGACGGUGCCUAAAAGUGGGAAAAAUCUAUUGUUUUUUUUUUUAUAAUGAAUUCAGUUUUUGGUGUACACGUUUUUUGUUUAUAUUUGUAUCUGUUUAUCGGUUAUUCUUAUAGUGAAAACAUCACAAGCUAUGAAGGCGAUACAGUUUCGUUACUGUGCCAUAAUUUUUUAAACAAAAAUCAGACAUGGAUUCAAACCUACAUUAAUGGUGCUACAGGUGGUGUAAUUGGCGUGAUACGUGAACCGUACGGUCUGAAAAAAACUUAUUUCACAAUGAACUUGGAAAAUUUCGAUAAUGAUACUGAAGUUAAUUGUGUUACCAAUUAUAAUAUUCCGUUCCGUGUUAAUAAAUUAUGGGAUAUUAUCAAAUUUCGGAUACAGGUAUUAAAGAAUACUAAUUUAAGUCAAUCUGAAGAUUUUGAAAUUCAACAUUUCUCUCUAGAUCAAAACGUGAUAUUUAGCUGUCGGCAAUAUAUCGGAAAAAAUAACAAAAACGUUUUAGAUACUCGAAUAGGUUUGAUAAACAUAACUUCUAACAAAAUACAAACAUUUAAAACGAAAUGGGCGAAGAGGACUUUUAGCAUGAAUUACAACAGUACUGUCGUGUUAUGCUGUAUACAAUACCAAGUGCAAAGAACGAGAGACGAGGUCACAAUCACCAGAUAUGUUAGAAAAAAAACAUUGUUAGUUUAUGAUGAGAACUACCGAUAUGAUAAUGAUCAAGAAGCUUGGUUAAAUAUGGAAGAUAGUCAACAAAUAUAUAUUUACAUAAUAGCUGCGGUUGCACUGAUAGUCUUAUUACUCAUAUUAAUAAGCGUUGUUAUUUAUAGAAAAUGUUCGCACAAAAGGAAUGGUGGCCAAACUAACGGAAUGAAUAGCAGCGUUUUAUACGCCGACCUGGACUUACAGACGCAAGGCAGCCCUCCCCGACCGCCGAAAAAAGAAGAAUCACCUUACGCGUGUAUCAUAGGAGAACUGGGUUUUGGUUCUAAACCAAAACAAUAAAAAACACUUAUGGAACUACUACCCGCCUCCGGAUAAAAAGUAGCCUAUUCUAACUGCUACUUCUGCCAAGUUUCAUCAAAAUCCAUACUAGUUUUUACG